AUGGCGAAGAUCAGCAUCAUCUCCAACGAGCUCAUGGACCCCAUCGCGUCUUACUUGGGCAAGAAUGAUGAGUCUACCUUAGUCAUAAGAUGUGUCGCUCGGGCGCGCGGAUUAAUUCGACUUCCGUGUUUAGGGUUCCACCAUCGCGGAGCACCUGCAAAUCCGUCAACUGGCCGUAUACAUGACCCAGAAUCUGGCUCUGGGACAAUCGAUUCGUUCUUUGAGAAGCUAGAUACAGAGCACAGGGAUAACAAUGAGCGCAACCAGCCACCGGGGACUCCGUCCGAGGAGAGCUACCGAGCUGUGAUGAUGCCCCAUGAUCAAGGAUAUCAGGCAUGGAACCGAGCGGGACCCUAA